AUGAAGCUACCUCGAGGAUCUCCGAUCGUCUACGUUGCCGUGGGCGUUGUCAUAGGACUUUGCCUGUCACUUAUCGUGGGUCCACAGGCUAGCGGAGUGUAUCCAUAUUACCCAUCGGGCAACGUCCCAGCGUUACGCCCACAUCGACAUGGACAUCAUGACGCUCAUGAGGAAGGCGAGUUAGACGACGAGGAUGCCCCUAACGAAGCACUCGAAUUCCAUGCAAACGGCAGUUCUCAUGACCAUAUCGGAGAACGUAUAGUAGCCGACGUAGUAGCUGAGAAAGUUCGAGUUUUCUGCUGGAUUCUCACUGGAAAACAGAACCAUGACAAACGAGCUAAACACGUAAAGGCUACAUGGGCUAAACGUUGCAAUAAAUACAUUUUCAUGUCAUCUGAAAGUGAUCCCGAUCUUCCCGCAAUCAAUCUUAAUAUUUCCGAAGGACGUAACUAUCUUUGGGCAAAGACAAAAGCAGCCUUCAAAUAUCUGCACGACCACUACUUGAAUGAGUACGAUUGGUUCCUCAAAGCCGACGAUGAUACCUACGUAGUAUUAGAAAAUUUGAGGUAUAUGCUUCUAUCUCAUUCACCUGACCAACCAGUUCAUUUUGGCUGUAAAUUCAAGCCAUUCACGAAGAAAGGAUACCAUAGUGGUGGUGCAGGCUACGUUCUUAGUCGAGAAGCGUUGAAAAAGUUCGUUAGGGAAGGUUUAACUAAUCCGAAAAAAUGUUCCCCAAACCAUGGCGGCGCAGAAGAUGCUGAAAUGGGAAAAUGUCUCGAGAAAAUUGGCGUUGUAGCUGGUGAUUCGCGAGACGGUGAACAACAUCACAGAUUCUUGCCGUUCGUGCCCGAACAUCACAUUGUUCCCGGUCACGUUGACAAAUCGUUUUGGUUCUGGUCCUACAUAUACUACCCAAUGGACCAAGGGCCAGGCUGUUGUUCUGAUUACGCCAUUUCUUUCCACUAUGUCAACUCGAACCUCAUGUAUGCGCUUGAAUAUUUGAUCUAUCACCUCAAGCCGUUUGGAGUUGAUCGCUCACUCAAGUGCGUAUCUUUUCUUUAUUUUCUAUUUUUAUUCAACUUUUCGACGAUUUUGAGAUAUUUUAUUGGAUUUUUUUGA